GUACAACAUUGAUCCUGGCUUGUACUGUCCAUUUUUCUCUCUUGGGGCUUGCAUGGAAGGUUUGAACUCUUUGUUCAGCCAGCUCCUAGGAAUCUCCCUUUAUGCUGAACAGACACAGAGAGGAGAGGUUUGGUCUGAAGAUGUUCGAAAGUUGGCCGUUGUUCAUGAAACUGAAGGUUUGCUAGGAUACAUCUACUGUGACUUCUUUCAGCGACCUGAUAAACCACAUCAGGAUUGUCACUUUACAGUUCGUGGAGGCAGGCUAAGGGAAAAUGGAGAGUACCAGCUGCCUGUAGUUGUUCUCAUGCUUAGCCUGCCCCAUUCGACAAGGAGUGCCCCAACGCUACUAAGUCCUGGCAUGAUGGAGAAUCUCUUCCAUGAAAUGGGACAUGCUAUGCAUUCUAUGCUAGGAAGAACUCGGUAUCAACAUGUCACUGGAACCAGAUGUGCUACUGAUUUUGCUGAAGUUCCCUCAAUUCUGAUGGAGUACUUUGCAAAUGACUAUCGAGUGGUUAACCAGUUUGCAAGGCAUUAUAAAACGGGACAGCCACUACCAAAAAACAUGGUGUCAAGACUAUGUGAGUCCAAAAAGGUGUGCGCUGCAGCUGAUAUGCAACUCCAGGUAUUUUAUGCUGCCUUGGACCAAAUCUACCAUGGAAAACAUCCUCUAAAAAAGUCAACCACAGAAAUUUUAAAGGAAACACAGGAGAAAGUUUAUGGAUUGCCAUAUGUGCCUAAUACAGCCUGGCAGCUGCGAUUCAGUCAUCUUGUGGGCUAUGGUGCCAAAUAUUACUCCUACCUCAUGUCUAGGGCUGUUGCCUCCAUGGUGUGGAAACAAUGUUUUGCUCAGGACCCAUUUGAUAGGGCAAUGGGUGAACGUUAUCGUAGAGAGAUGCUGGCACACGGUGGUGGAAAAGAGCCCAUGCUUAUGGUUCAAG